UUUAAAUGCAUCUGUAUUUAGUGCCGGGUAUUAGCUGGUGAGGUGAUGCCCUGCCUCAUCUCUGGGUCCUUCACGGGGUUUCGCUCCCCUUUCCUUCCGCUAGUCCCGGCGAAGAUUCAAAAAGGACCCGACAACACUAAGGCGCGCAAAGGCACCACCGUGACGCUGACUGCGGUGAUCCUGGGAGAGCCUGCGCCCGACGUAGGCUGGACCAAGGACGGGGAGGACAUCGAGGAGGAUGACAGGCGAGGGCCGGGACCUGCGGCACGGGCAGGGCCUGGGGCUGGAACCUGGGUGGGACUGAGCCCAGAAAUCUGGCUGGAGUGACGGGGGCGGGGACUGGGCGGCGAGGAACAGAGCUGGCUAAGGAGCCCCGCCCAGUGCGCCCGUGUACUGACCACGGCUCCGCCCUCCUCCCCGCCGCCCUUCCGCAGGGUGUUCUUCGAGAUCGGCAGCACCACCACGACGCUGACCAUUCGCCGGGCCACGCCUCAGGACAGCGGCAAGUACGAGGUGUACGUGGAGAACAGCCUGGGCAUGGACCAGAGCUUCGCUCGCGUGGACGUGGCCUGAACGGCACCCCCGGACCUUCCGCCCUGGCGCCGAGCCCGGGGGUGGUGGGACCCACAGCCCUCCUCCAGCUUGCUUAAUAAAGCUGCUCUCUGACCCUCCGCGUCUGUCCUGCUCUUCCGCGUCGCCAUUCCCUCUCCCCCGCACCCGCGCCCACACGUAUUCCAGACCCCCACGCCAAGGUCACAGCCUGUUGGAGUCACAGGGAGGUCUGGAGAGCGCCUAGCGCCGUGCUGCAUUUCAGACAGUCAAACUGAUAAGAGUUGCCCUCGCCGUCCAAGGCGCCCUCACUUCCCAGCGGUACCGGCGGCUGGGCCUGGGACUCCGCCUUCUCCGCUUUCGAGCGCCUCCAGCCCCAGCCCCUCGUGGCUGUUUGCCCCUGGCCCCGCCCCUUCCAGGGCUGGCCACACACCCCUGCUGUCCUUAGUCCCGUUUUCCUCUGGGACCCAGUUCCUCACUUCGGCUGCUGCCCCGAGGCCGAUUCCCCAACAGCUCGGGUCCCAGUCUUAAGUUCCAGGCUGGGCUUCUCAGGCCCCACCCUUCUUCGCAUUUAACCCCGCCCCGCGAUCCCUUGGUCACGCCCCUGGACUUCAGCACCUCUUUCCUCUCCCGUAAAGUUAGAAAGCGGGGAAAGGGUCAGACUACAAUUCCCGGCAGACCCUGCGAAUGAGUUCUCGCGACUUGCGAGAAGACACGUGCGCGGAAGGAGCUUGCAGUAGCGGGCGGCAGAGCUGGAGUGAAGGGAGCUAGUGGUAGCAGUCACCAUUAUGCUCAAAGCGGUGAUCCUGAUUGGAGGCCCUCAAAAGGGAACUCGCUUCAGACCUUUGUCUUUUGAGGUGCCCAAACCAUUGUUUCCUGUGGCAGGGGUCCCUAUGAUCCAACACCAUAUUGAAGCCUGUGCCCAGGUCCCUGGAAUGCAGGAGAUUCUGCUCAUUGGCUUCUACCAACCUGAUGAGCCCCUCACCCAGUUCCUAGAAGCCGCCCAGCAGGAGUUUAACCUUCCAGUCAGGUACCUGCAGGAAUUUGCCCCCCUAGGCACAGGGGGUGGUCUCUACCAUUUUCGAGACCAGAUCCUGGCUGGGAGCCCCGAGGCAUUCUUCGUGCUCAAUGCUGAUGUCUGCUCCGACUUCCCCUUGAGUGCUAUGUUGGAAGCCCACCGACGCCAGCGUCACCCUUUCUUACUCCUUGGCACUACGGCUAACAGGACGCAAUCCCUCAACUACGGCUGCAUCGUUGAGAAUCCACAGACACAUGAGGUAUUGCACUAUGUGGAGAAACCCAGCACAUUUAUCAGUGACAUCAUCAACUGCGGCAUCUACCUCUUUUCUCCUGAAGCCUUGAAGCCUCUUCGGGAUGUCUUCCAGCGUAAUCAGCAGGAUGGGCAAUUGGAGGACUCACCAGGCUUGUGGCCAGGGGCAGGUACCAUCCGCCUAGAGCAGGAUGUGUUUUCAGCCCUGGCAGGGCAGGGCCAGAUAUACGUGCAUCUCACUGAUGGUAUCUGGAGUCAGAUCAAGUCCGCAGGUUCAGCCCUCUACGCCUCCCGCCUCUACCUGAGCCGAUACCAGGACACUCACCCAGAACGGCUGGCCAAGCACACCCCAGGGGGCCCAUGGAUCCGAGGGAAUGUGUACAUCCACCCGACCGCCAAGGUGGCCCCCUCGGCUGUGCUGGGCCCCAACGUCUCCAUCGGAAAGGGGGUGACCAUGGGUGAGGGUGUGCGGCUGCGGGAGAGCAUCGUCCUCCAUGGAGCCACUUUGCAGGAGCACACGUGUGUUCUGCAUAGCAUCGUGGGCUGGGGGAGCACCGUGGGACGCUGGGCCCGCGUGGAGGGUACCCCCAGUGACCCUAACCCCAACGAUCCCCGAGCCCGCAUGGACAGUGAGAGCCUUUUCAAGGACGGGAAGCUGCUGCCUGCUAUCACCAUCCUGGGCUGCCGAGUCCGGAUCCCUGCCGAGGUGCUCAUCCUGAACUCGAUUGUUCUGCCACACAAGGAGCUGAGCCGAAGCUUCACCAACCAGAUCAUCCUCUGAGUAGGGCUGCCAGAAGGCCCCCAGCUCCUACCCACUCCCCUUGAGGCUGCUGCCUGCUUGGCCAGCCUCUGUCCAGAAAGGACCAGAGAAAGCCAGGCAGGAUCGUCACACGCCGGGGAGCAAUGUGGGUGGCCUGGGGACUCCUGGGUUUUCUCCCUCCCGACUCCCUAAUAAACCCCGUGAACCUUGGA